GAGUUAGUUAACGUUGCAAGGGUAAAAGGCUUGAGCUUAGCUUACCCGCAUGUGAUACAUCUUGAAACUCUAGAUUUAACAUUAAAAGUUUUGUACGAGUUCUCCCCCUUUUCUUCAGACGUUUUCCCGUUCCAUCUUGAAAAUUACCCAGAAUGCGUAUUGAGGACAAUAGGCUGAGCGAGAGGGCCCUGGGAAGACACGAGUUCCCAGUACCUUCUGGGUAAUUUCAAAGAUGGCGAACGAAGUUGGCUAUCAAUGCUGAAAUUGUACCUUAAUCAAUCCGUUAUUCAGUUAAGGGCUAAAUGUAACGAGUCUUUAUGAAUCAUGCCUGGGUUAUGGUUGCCAGUCUGACUACAAUGUAGGCCAUACAGGAUGUCACGUUGAACCAAUGUACAGAUCUUCUAGUACGAGGUAAAUAUUUAUAAGAAUUAUUUAUAAGAAAUAUGGACUGCAAUCAGUAUGUGGUGUAUUUAAAGGAUUCUCGAUUCUGGCUACAUCCUAGCCUUUCAUUGAUGAUUGCCAGCUAGAAUCCUCAUUAAGCUUCAUCAGAUUAUAAGAUGAUACGUAUGCUACUACUCUUCAUACAUGUAUGUCAUAAACAUGCCGCUUGCAUGCAUUAUAUUUCUAAAGUAAUUAAACUUUCCAUUACAAGUAAACUUUUUUGUAAAUCGUUAACCAGCUUUAAACUAAAAAUUUAAUAUUCUGGUAUUAUGUUUUUGUAUUUCACUCUAAAUUUGAGAUUUGUUAUUUUAAGCCAAAAAUUAAAAACAAAUCAUAGGAUAAUAUUUCUAACUUCAAAUGAGAGAUUCCAAGCAAGCUUGACUUUAGAGUGUUUCUUUGUCUCACGUAGAAGUGUAAGACUAAAACUUAAACUAUUUUAUGAAAACUUUUUCGUGAAUUCACUGUUUGUGCUUUUAGUUAAUGUCACUUACUUUGUGGACCAAAACACAAACAGUCAACAUGGGAUUUGUAAGACCCUGUGACCCCAUGCCCCUGGAAUUUCUGCCAUGCUUAGCAUUGAAGCCUUUUCAUUAGGCAACGAGUUAGUGCAUGUUCAGGCUGUUCCUGGUAGUUCCAUUGACAGUCCAGUUGUGACUCCAAGGCAUGACAAUGUUAAGUAAGAAAAACCGCAUCAACUCUUUAGUGGUGAAAUACCCUUACCACAGAGGCUAUUAGAAAUUCCAGAAGGAUGUGAUUGGUCAAUUGCAUAUUUUUUAAAGGUAAAAACCCUGUUUUCCUUAAAAAUCACCAUCUUUUAAACUUUUAAAAUUUGUAUCCUUUGGGAUCUUCCCUUUAUGGAGUAAUAAUAUUGUGAAAUUACACUGAGAGUAGGAUGAGAUAUUAAAAUUGGUAUCCACUUGGCAGUGGUGAGAUUGGGCGAGUUUGUGCGAGAUAAUGCAAGUUUAGGCGAGUUAAGGCGAGAUAAGGAAAUUUGAACAUAAUCUCAAGUUGCGAGUUAGGGCGAGUUAAGGCGAGUUAAGGUCCCAGAGUACAGAAAAGACCAAUAGAUGUGCUUUGAAGAAGCGUCAAGAAUUGAAAUUAAGAUAUCAUUUACCAAAAUAGCUAGUGUAUUGGACAGAGGGGAAAUCACUGGAUGGUGCAAUAUUAGCUGUUGGAAUUAACAAAUGUCAUGCUGCUGGCAUGGAAUUAAUUACACUCAUAAUGAAAAAACUUUGUUCACGGUUAAGUUGUUCAUCAUCAACUGAAAAUAAGUCCCAGAUUUUACAGAAGCCUUGAUUCGUAAUAUCUCUUUGUGUAAACAGAUUUCUUACAAACACAGAGGAACUUGUUGUUCCAGAUAACGUGAUUUGCAAUUUUGUGUACUGAACUAUGUUCACUUGCGUUUAAUUCUGAUCAUGCAACAAGACAUUGCCUAUAGAAAGCUGGCAGAAAAAUAUUUACAUGUAGUUUAAAAGCAUCUAAAUUAUAAUGCAGUAAAAGCUUCCCACGAACAGGUUUCAGAAGCUCUCCUAAAAACACUUUCCUUGGACUUUAAUAAUCCUCUCAAAAUUUUUGUAAGCAUAUCACUCGCUUGGUGUGAAUCAUGGAUUCAGUAUCAGGCAUAUUCAAGCCACCAUUCUCAGCUUCUCUGUUCCAGAUAAAAUGAUAAAAGACUGAAUGAACUUCUUUCAUGAGAUACUUAGAGAUUGAAAUAAGUUUAAGUUUAAUAAUUCUUUUUACCAAUGUACAAAAUAAAAAUAUAUAUACAUAUAUAAGAGUACAAUAGGUAAAGGAAAGCAAUAGGAGGAAACUGAAUUCCCAUAUAAAAACUGCCCUCCAAAACGAAAAGAUAAAACAAUUAAGAAUAGAAAACUAAUACAUAACAACUAUACAUCACAUGAUACUAAGAGAAAGAAAAAAAACAACAACAACUAAAUAAACUACUUAGAUAUUAAAUAAAAAGGAAAAUCCAAAUUCAUUAGGAAAUAAUAAACAUAUGACUAUUUACAAAGAUAAUUAAAAAAUGAAAAAUUAAAAUAGUUUGUCCUUGCUGCUCUGCCUGAGUUUAAAGUCAUGGUUUCUUCUAGUUCUUGUCGGGCCAGUCAGAUCUACAUAUGUGGUAUAAUCACUAUCAGAAUAGCCAUGAAUUAUCUUGUAAAGUUGAACCAGGCAAAGGUAUUUUCUUCUAAGCUCCAAUGUUGACCAGUUUAGUUCGGUGAGCCUUUCAGUGUAAGAAUAUUAUGAGAUCCACAUGUCAAUCGAGUAGCACGACGCUGAAUGGAUUCAAUACUGUGUAUGUGUUUAACCAAAUAUGGAUUCCACACUGGGCAGGCAUAUUCCAGAAUAGGACGAACUAAAGCGAUAAAAGCUGUUUUGACUGGCACAGGAUCUUUAGACCCAAACGUUCUCCUUAUUAGACCCAAUACUCGAUUUGCCUUACCAACAAUGUAAUUGAUAUGAGCCGAUGCUUUAAGCAUAAGCUUAGGGAUGGCAAGGGUUUUAACAGUUAGUAUUCUGCCUAUAAGAAUCGCUCAAUUGCUUUCUUAAUUGAUUCCAGAGUCUUGAGCUGUUCUCUUUUUUCAGCAUCUGGAUUCACCACCAAAAUAAGCAACUAGAAUCUUGAUGGUGUCACAAAGAUUAUUCAUAUCCAAAUGCCCUUCCCAGAGAGAUCCACUAUUUCCUAACGCUAAUGCUUUGGUUUUAUCCCUUACUUUUAACCCUGAGAAUGCUCCAAAAGCCCUCAGGGUGUCUAAUAGGAUUGUGUAAGACCUAUUGUCUUUAAUGAAGCAGGUCAUGCAUAUCAUCCGCAAAAAGAGUGAGUUUAACAUUUUUUUCCCCCAUCCUAAUACCUUGAAUGUUAUUAUCGUUUCUUAUCUUAAUAGCUAUUGCUAAGACCUCCAAAGCUAGUAUGAAAAGAUAGGGAGAAAGAGGAUCCCCCUGCCUUACCCCUCUACUUAGAGAGAAAGGUCCUGGAGUAAAACCAUUAUUCAUUACAGAGCUGGAGGCCUUAUUAGAAAAGACUCAUACCCACUUCAUGAAGAAGGACCAGAGUUAAAUGCAUGGAAGACUCUUAAAAGGAAAUUAAGAUUGAGGGCAUCAAAAGCUUUCUCAAAAUCUAUGGCCACUAAGAUCCCUGAAAUGUUCUGUUCAUCGUAUGGUCAAUCACAUUGUCAAUUUUCUGAUGGCAUCAAAAAUGUCGUUGGUAAUGAUUUGUCUCUGGUGACAUGAAUAGCUGUCAACGUAGAGAUAGUAUCUUUUAUUAUAGGUCAAACUGUAUAAAGGUUACCUGGAUCUCACUCAUAAGGCAUCUUGUGACUUUUUAAUGGACAAAAAACAAGAUCAUGGACUACACCCUAGCUCCUCUGUAAAGGUCUACCGUAAAAUUCUGAAAAUAAACCCUCCAUGUAUAAGCCCCUCCAAAUAUAAGCCCCCCAAAGCGGUAAUGCAAAAAACCCUCCCUUAAAUCGCCCCUCCAAAUGUAAGCCCCCGGGGGCUUGUACUUGGAAAAUUGCCCUCAAAUACGAAAUAAAACAAAGCCAAAACGGUAAAUUUACUUCCAACUAUAAGGCUAGCCCAAUCGAUUUUGAAACACAAAUUUCCCUCCAUAGAUAAGCCCCUCAAAAAGGGCCUCUGAAAAAUAUAAGCCCCGGGGCUUAUUUUUGGAAUUUUACGGUAUCUGAAGCUGCAAAGCUCUCGGAAACCUCUAUUUUCAUUGCAUGGCCAGUGAAAACACACCUACUAUCUAUUUUAUGGAAAAAAAAGGCCUUAAAGUGGGUGGUUAAAUUGUCAAGGUUGUAGGAUAAGGAAAUGACUGGACUUUUGUUAUGGGCAGAAAUAUGACGUAAUAUGGGUAUAUGGCAAAAAUUCUACUGUUCAUUACAUUGUGCUAAAGAGAUUUCCUUUGAAUGGUCACACACUGUAUUUUUGACAAAAUGAUUGCUGCGGAGCGACCGAAGGGAGCGAGCAGCAACAUAAUCAGGAUUUAAAGGAAAUAUAUAAGGGGGGACGAAUUCUCGAAUUCAUCACUUUUUACCACAAUGCAUUGCAUUUAACCACACUUUUUACCACAAUGCAUUGCAUUUAACCAGAGUGCAUUGCGCCACGAACAACUCAAAUAAAAACAUGGGGAAGUUCGGUGGGUGAGAGUGCAUCGUUCGCUGCUUAGACUUAGAGUUUUCUUUGUGGCAAAUUUCUACAGCACGGUUAGAGGUCUUACCGAACUUUAAGACACGCAGGAGUCUUUCAGAUGAGUACGAUGGUUAACUUGGGGAUUGGAUUUCAAUUCAAGAGCCUUUGACUCGUCCUGGUAGUAAACCUGACGAGAAGAUGAGCAUUUGAUCUUCGACUCCGCAACACGGGGGAUAUACAAAUUCCAGCUUGCUAGAAGGUGAUGUGAAAGUGAGAAAAUGUCAUGCAAUGCUAUUCUUAAGAAACUGUAUGAGCCGAAAAUGGAUGUGAUUUUGACAUUCGCUUCAAAACAACAGCGGAAAUCGAGAUAACAAAACAUAUGUUUUGUGUCCUACUUUGCAGACGAGGACGUGUAUCGGCGUUUUGAAAAGCAUAAUUAUGUUCUUUCAUUCAUUCAUUGCCAUGGAAGAUGCGUUUACAUUGUUUUUUCACUGUUAAUAGCUCGGUUAAUGCGGCCGGCGAUCAUCUUGCCGGCAGAAGUUUCAUGGAAAAGGAAUAAAAUGAAAGACUUUUACUACAGAUUACGUAAUCAGCCACUGCGGUGUGGUGGCUAGGUGUAGUCGCGUCGAGUCGUAGGUGCUGGGUUCGAAUCCUACCGAAUUAUUUAUUCCUACUUUCUUUUUUUUCCCGUUUCUUUGUGUUGUUGUUUUCUAUAAAUAUAUAGCUAAAUAACUGUUACCUAAUAAAGUGUAACAAACAGCAAGAAAAGUAUUGUGUUUCGAGAGAAAAUAUCGUGCACCGUAUAUUAAAUAUAUGGAUAAACAAUCUGAAUUUCUAUUAUUUCCUACAAUUUACUGUGGGAAAACCAGAGUUGAUAACCACUUGAUCAUUUUCUAAACAACGUUCCCACGAGUUCUUUCUAUAGACUGAUAGUAAUUAUUCUAAUACUUUCCAACAUGUAAAUAGCCCAUUCAAUGUCAUUUUCGAUUCUUUUAAGUCUCACUGCCCAACUAAUGCCAGUAUCAACAGAAUGUGCCGCAGCAUUACUAUCUUUUAGAUACCCUAGUUCAUAUUCUUUUUUAAGCAAGGUGAAGAUGUCAUUGCUGCAGAGCGACCGAAGGGAGCGAGCAGCAACAUAAUCAGGAUUUAAAGGAAAUAUAUAAGGGACGACGAAUUCUCAAAUUCAUCACUUUUUACCACAAUGCAUUGCAUUUAACCACACUUUUAACCACAAUGCAUUGCAUUUAACCAGAGUGCAUUGCGCCACGAACAACUCAAAUAAAAACACCAGGAAGUUUGGUGGGUGAGAGAGUGCAUCGUUCGCUGCUCAGACUUAGAGUUUUCUUUUUGGCAAAUUUUUUACAGCACGGUUAGAGGUCUUACCAAAUUUUAAGACACGAAGGAGUCUUUCAGAUGAGUACGAUGGUUAACUUGGGGAUUGGAUUUCAAUUCAAGAGCCUUUGACUCGUCCAGGUGUUAAACCUGACUAGAAGAUGAGCAUUUGCUCUUCGACUCCGCAACACGGGGGAUAUACAAAUUUCAGCUUUCUAGAAGGUGAUGUGAAAGUGAGAAAAUGUCAUGCAGUGCUAUUCUUAAGAAACUGUAUGAGCCGAAAAUGGAUGUGAUUUUGACCAUUCGCUUCAAAAUAACAGCAGAAAUCGAGAUAACAAAACGUAUGUUUUGUGUCCUACUUUGCAGACGAGGACGUGUAUCGGCGUUUUGAAAAGCAUAAUUAUGUUCUUUCAUUCAUUGAUUGCCAUAGAAUAUGCGUUUACAUUGUUUUUUCACUGUUAAUAGCUCGGUUAAUGUGGCUGGCGAUCAUCUUGCCGGCGGAAGUUUCAUGGAAAAGGAAUAAACCAAGACUUUUCUUAAAGAUUACGUAAGCAGCCUCUGUGGUGUAGUGGUUAGGUGUAGUCGCGUCGAGCCGAAGGUGCAGGGUUCGAGUCCUACCGAAUUCUAUAUUCCUUCUUUCUUUUUUUUUUGCGUUUUUUGUGUUGUUGUUUUCUAUAAAUAUAUAGCUAAAUAACUGUUACUUAAUAAAGUGCAAAAAACAGCAAGAAAAGUAUUGUGUUUCCAGAGAAAAUAUCGUGCACCGUAUAUUAAAUAUAUGGAUAAACAAUCUGAAUUUCUAUUAUUUCCUACAAUUUACUGUGGGAAAACCAGAGUUAUAACCACUUGAUCAUUUUCUAAACAACGUACCCACGAGUUCUUUCUAUAGACUGAUAGUAAUUAUUCUAGUACUUUCCAACAUGUAAAUAGGACAUUCAAUAUCAUUUUCGAUUUUUUCAAGUCUCACUGCCUAACUAAUGCCAGUAUCAACAGAAUGUGCCGCAGCAUUACUAUCUUUUAGAUACUCUAGUUGACAGGUAUGCAUGAAAGUGCAGAAAAAUCGCCAUCUGUUUAAAAGUAAAAGUUUGACAUCUUUUCCCGGGGGGGGGGUUACUGCCAUAUAUGGGCUAUAUAGGUAUGUGCCGCUGUGAAGGGUAUGGUUUUCAUGCAGUUUACUCUAGGAUAGGGUAAAUAAAUCAUAGCGUUUGGGUCUAGAAUAGGGUAUCAUUUUUCAGGAAACUGAUCACUUGGUUGAAGAUUUUAUCUAGACUAGGGAUUGUGGUAUAAGGUUUUGUUUUGGCUAGACUGUGCUAGUGACCUCAGUAGUUUCUGGAAAACAGCUACUCUUGGAUAGGGGGGAUUUGGGGAGUUUACUCUAGUAUAGGGUAGCAAAAUUCAGCUGAACUAGCUCUGGUAUAGGUUAAGGGUUCCAGGGUCCCAAAGGCACAUCCCCACCCAGAAAUUCCUAAAGUGCCCCCCCCCCGGCAUCUUUUCAUCCCUUUUUAAAAUGCAUAUCCAAGGACGUUGUUAUUCUGGAAAGACUACCCUCACAAAUAGUUGUUUCCUCAUGGGAAAGAGGUUAUAUUUACCCUGGGGUAGAAA